AUGAAAGGUCUCCGCUGGCGUUACAAUCGGCUGCCCAGCCAGGUGGAGGACGCUCUGUCUGGGGAGGAGGGUGAGGAAGAGGAAGAGGAAGAGGAGGAGGAGACAGCCCCAGCCCCAGCCCCAGCUCGUGCUCCCGAAGAUCCAGUGCAGCCCCAGCUGGCAGAAGCCAGCCAGGUUCUGGGAGCCUCGGAGAUGAGGCAGCUCAGCCUCCACCUCCCGCCGAGAGUCGCUGGACACUCCUGGAGUCUGGCCUUUUGCACGUCAAGGGACGGCUUCAGUCUGCGGAGCCUGUACAGGCAGCUGGAGGGCCACAGCGGGCCGGUGCUGCUGGUGCUGAGGGACCAGGAUGGCCAGAUGUUCGGGGCCUUCUCCUCCUCGGCUAUUCGACUCAGCAAAGGCUUCUACGGUACUGGCGAGACAUUCCUCUUCUCCUUCUCUCCACAGCUGAAGGUCUUCAAGUGGACAGGAAACAACUCUUUCUUUGUGAAAGGAGACUUGGAUUCACUGAUGAUGGGCUGUGGCAGUGGCCACUUUGGGCUGUGGUUGGAUGGAGACUUGUAUCACGGGGGGAGCCACCCCUGUGCCACCUUCAACAACGAGGUGCUGGCCCGACAGGAGCAGUUCUGCAUCAAGGAGCUAGAGGCCUGGGUCCUGAGCUGA